AUGAGCUUCCGCACUAUUGGGAAGUUUGUUCUGACACCGCUGGCGGGUUUUGGCCUCGGUCUAGCGACAUUUAUCGAUGCGUUUCCACAAAUUAAUGAAGACGGACUAAACACGGUAACGCUGAAGAGGCCCGUUGAGCAGCAACGACGUGAUAUCCUAAGUGAGCUGAAACAUCACAAUAUCUACCGCGAACUCAUCAAGCGAGAUAAUGUGGAAGAAUGGUCUCAGAGCGAAAAAAUCGUGCACCCUCAUCGCGACUAUCAUGUAGGCCAAGGGCUUCUGUACGGCCCAGGCCGUUUGGAAAUCGAUCCCUUGGUGUUACACGAUCCAGAGUCCAAAGAAUUGGUAGUAUUUUACCACCUGGGUCACAAUUUGGGGAACGAAAAGGGCAACGUCCACAAGGGUGUCGUUUCGCUACUGUUAGACGAAGCUCUGUGUUAUUGUGGGUUCCCCACUCUACCCAGCAAAUCCGGCGUCACCGCUAGACUUGACCUUCAAUUUCACCAAGAUGUUCCUACUGACUGCACCGUGGUUCUUAAAGCACAUGUAGUGGAAGCCAAAGGCCGAAAAUGCGUCAUCGGAGGAACACUCGAGACUUUACCUUCUCGCGUAUGGUACAAACCUUGGACCAACAAAACCUCAUCCGUGUUGGCCACGGCCACUUGCAUUCUCGUAGAGCCUAAAUGGUUCAAACACGUUCAAUGGAUGCGCCUUUCUUGA